AUGGAAUUAGUUAAUGGUACUGAAAGUGAUCGUGAUGCUGAAUUUGUUUUUUCAUCAUCAAAUGGUUUGAUGGAUCCUGAUUUUAUUCGAUCUGAUGUUGGUACACUUUCACUAUCGAUGUAUCAUAUUGAUUGGGGUUUACAAACAACACAUGCUGGUGGUGGGGCAUGUUUAAGUCAAUUUAUGUUUCUCUUUCAACAUUUUAAACAAAUCCGACAGGUUAUGGUUGGUUUAUUUCCAACUACUGAUACAUCAACAGCAGGUUUUUUUGCUAUUCAAUUUGAAGAUAGUUUCACAAAAAAUUCAAUUGAAGGAUAUACAUUUGAUGAAUGUAAAACAUUACAUCAAAAUGGAAUUCGACAAUUAUUCAAAUAG